UGAUUUUGGAGUUAAAAGGCGAACUCGUCGUGGUACAGUCAUUGCAUUGACAGGUUUCUCAAGUGUUUACAGCGGGAGACAACGUUGAAAACAACAGGUAAAAACUGUCCACGAACAGUUUAAAACUAUUGUAUUGAGUGUUACGGAAUUUUAUUUUUGAUAGAUCUGCUGAUGUUUUACUAUCGCAGAUCUUCGAUUGAUAUACAGUUCGAUUGAUAACAGAAUUUCAUCUGAUACAAUUCAAUUCGAUACAGAUUUUACGCGUGUUUAGACAAGUUUCUUUAUACACACCGUUUCUUUCCAAAAAACUUGUCAUAUACGGUGUUUUGAAAUAUAAUAAUUUGAGCCAAGUAAAUUGAGAAGUAUAAAACAAUUGGUAUUACCAUCGAUAUAUAAAAAAGGUGUUUAAUAACCGUGUAAUUAGAAUCGGCAGUGGCUUUCAAAACGGACGUUGGAACCACUGAACAGUUUUCAGGGUAUAAUUAUUAUUACCAAAACAGGUCCUACAGUACUUUUAAAAUUGGUGUGCCUCAAGUGACUUGUAUUAGUUGGUGUGCUGAAAGAACGGUUCUUCGAGGUGGUGAUAACCUAAAACGAUCGUGUAAAAUAAAAACGGGUAUUAGAAACGACAACAUUAUUUAGCGUGUGAAACUAUAGUAACAGAAUGGAUGUAAACAUAUUAUAUUAUAGUUUUAUAUAUUUAUUAGUGUAUAUAAGCAGUAUAUGUGGAUUUAGUAUAGAAAGAACAAUAUUCCCUACAGCUGAUAUACGUGUUUACGUUCAUAAACGAACAGCCAAGAUCUGGGAACCAUGGGAGUUAAACAGACGUAUUUGUCCGCCAUCUUUAUGUAAACAAGCUGAUGAAACCGGAAGAGGUGAUUAUAGACCACGUGGAACAGCUAACACAGUGUUCUUUCAAGGUGACAUCAUAUUAGAUCAAGUAUCAGAAAAAUAUAUAUAUCAUGAUUAUCAAAUAAGACGGAGAAGAAAAAGAGCCACAAUCCGUGUGAAAAGUCGAUUGUGGAAAGAUGGGAUUGUACCGUAUCUUAUAGUUAAUGAAAUUAAUCCUGUGGCGAAAAAAUGGAUAUUAAAAGCCAUGGCUCAUAUACAAGAAAAUACUUGUGUUCGUUUUAAAAAGAAGAAAAAAUCUGAUAAACAUUAUGUACUUUUUAAAAGUGAAGCGGGUUGUUGGUCUAAUGUGGGUAGACGAGGUGGAGAACAGAUUAUCAAUCUGGGUAGAGGAUGUGAACAUCUUGGUACAGCCGUACAUGAAAUAAUGCAUGCCCUCGGUAUCUGGCACGAACAGGCUAGAUCAGAUCGUGAUAAAUAUGUAGAGAUUAUAAAAAGCAACAUAUCACCGAGAUAUUUACCAGAUUUUAAUAUGAUAGAUAGGAAUGUAUCGUCAGCUAGAGGUUAUCCAUACGAUUAUAACAGUAUCAUGCAUUAUAGUCAGUUUGCUUUUACUAGAAACGGUGAACAGACUAUAAAGGUUAUAGGAGUUGGUAAAACUAGAAAUCUAGAUAUAGGACAGAGAGAUGGUAUGAGUACAAUAGAUAUAGCACAAGUUAGAGAUAUGUAUCAAUGUAAUCAGAAAGAAGAUACUAAAGCUACAGCUUGCCCAAAAGGAUGGAUAAAGAACUUAGCCAGCUGCUACAAAUUCUUUGACCAUCCUAAAGUACAAUUCUCGGCAGCCCAGCGGAAAUGCGCGUCUUUACGUUCAGACCUCGUUAGUAUAAACAGUCUGAAAGAAGAACGGUUCCUGGAGUCGCACACUUUAUCCAAAUAUAAAAAUGUCUACAUUUGGAGAACAGGAGGUAAAUUAGUAAACGGUACGUUCAUGUGGUAUCGGGGUGAGAAGAAGAAACCCCGAAAGUUAACCUACACUAACUGGGACAAAGGACAACCCAGGACCUUCACUUCAAUGGCUUUAUCUAGAAAUCGUGACACCAAUGAAAUCAGUUGGCAUGGUGUAUGGACAGGAUCACUCGUCCAACUACCAUAUUAUAUGUAUCCCUUCAUCUGUGAAAAAAGGGCAAAACGAAAAUGUUUAAAGUUGAAGAAUAAAGAUGGUCGCGAUUACAGGGGAACAUUAGAUCACACUAUAGAGGGGGUCACUUGCCAAAAAUGGUCGUCACAAUAUCCGCAUAAACAUGCAACUGUUCCCAGGUUCGAUAAUAAAGAUGACCGUAAUGGCCUGGGCGAUCAUAAUUAUUGCAGAAACCCGAAAGGCAAUAGAAAGAAAAGGCCUUGGUGCUAUACGGCUAAAAGAUCGACAAAAUGGCAGUAUUGUGACGUAGGUGCUUGUUCUAAAAAGACUAAGCCUAAACCUAAACCCGAUUCGAAAAGGGAACCAAUUCGACGGUAUCAAGUUGUGGAAGACCAAAAGCAACAGGGUAAAGAGAAACGUCAUGGUAAGCCGGGACAAAAACGUCGCAGACGACCAAUACGUCGGCCAGGAAAAUGAACAGCUAUGAUACGAGGGAUAAAUAUGUUUUAAGGCUGAAAGUGAUACAAGGGAAGAUAAUUGUGGUUUUUUGGUUAGAAAGAAUUUGACAGUUGUGAUAUCUGGAAGUAUUUUAGGAAUAACUUGGAAGAAACAUUGAAGACAAAUGUUGCUCAUUUAUAACUAACUAUGGGGAGUUGAAAAUAGUUACAUUUAUAAAACAGUAUAUAAGGUGCUUAUACGAAAGGCUGUAGUGAAAACAUAGAUUAACUUUCUUUAUGUAUGUAUGGGUGUGUGUGUGUGUGUAUUUAUGUUGUGUGUUAAAUAAUAAUCGGUAGUAAAUCAGGAGUAGGGUAGUACCUAUAUUGUGAUAGUGAUGACUAUAGGAAAGUUACGCCGUCUGUCUACAAUUAGCCGCGUGUGAGAACAGACACAAAGCUAAUUGGCCGACCUUUUAAUUUCUAAACCGACACAUUUUAAUAGAAAGUACUCGAAUUUUGAGAAGUAUUUAUUCCGCUUCCAUUUAAUAAAAUUGAAUUUUCUUAUUUAUUCUUCGUUGUAUGAAAGAUGUAUAAUAGAUUAGAGCCGCAUUAUAAAUAGUAUAGGCUUACAUAUGACUUUUGAAUAUGGCGGCCAUUAAGGCCACAGAUCUAUUCUCAAAGUUGAUAUUUCUCUGUGUACAAAAUGCAGUGAUAACUCCAGGAAGCGUUUGUAAACUUAUACAUUUUCCUUGUCACGAUUCUUUUACAUGCAUGUAAACAAGUACACGUGUUGACCUCGGCUUUUCAUUGUCAGAACCUUGGCCAGUGACAUACAUACUAAGCCACUGUGUCCAUCUUUUUAGUGUCUAUCAAACUGCUCUAUAUUGUUAUUGUUAUAUACACAACUUCUGACACUGGCAAGUUGAGUUUUUAGCUCAUCAUGUUUUAAUGGUGUAUGCGCAUGCCAGUCACAACGCCUAGUUAUUAGAUGAAGAUAGUUAUGACUUUGUCAAAGGGAAUACCUAUCAUCAAAACCUGGUUCAACUAUGAAUAUUCAUAUGCAUAUCCCAUCCAAUUCACAGAAGCUUCUCUAUUGUUAGGCCUUCUAGUAACUUUAGCUAUAGUGUAAGAUCCACUGCGCACUAGAUUGGGUGUUUAUUUUGCCCACCAUUAAUCAGGACACCUAUGUGACAUAUUACAGUAAUAUCUAUUUUAUACCAACAAGUUACGUUAUUCCCCGUUGUCUUAUGUGAACAUGAGUCUCGAAGGAAAGACCAAGGUGACUGACCCGUUGGCACAGGGAAAAUAAAUUAAUCAUCAUCUACAAAGUAGAUUUCCAAUACAUUUUUUGUACAAAAUGACAUUAUUAUAAUAUUUAUAAUUAAUCAAUAAAAUGUUUUAAUUCA